AUUGAUUAUUAGGUAAGAAAAAGUAGGAGAAGAGAGAAAGCUACAGAGCUAAACAAACUCUUCCCUCUUUUUCUUUGUUAUUCUUUUCUGAUUCUUAAUUCACAUUUUUCCAACAAACAAUCCCUUCAUCUCCAUCCAAUCACAAAUUAUUGAAGACUUGCGUGUUUCCUUAGGAAAGAUAAUGGCGGCAGAAGAAGAUGUGGAUGUGUCGAAUUUAGAUUCUCAACUAAAUGAUACUUGCCAAGUAUGGAGGCAGGAGAUGGGAAGACAUCAAUCCCAAGUGGAUGUCUUGCAAGCAAAGCUUAUGGAGGUAAAAGCUUGUAUCCAAGGGUCGGAGGAAGAUGCGAAGAAGGAGCUCGAGGUUCUUUGGCGGAGAGUGAAAACCACUGCAACUUUAUUAACCUACCUGAGAUCAAAAGCUAGAAUCAUGGCAGUUCCUGACUUAGCUCAUACGUCAUGUGGUAUCAAACAAUUAGAGGGAGUGGGCUUUGUUGACAGGGAUGGUAUGCCGCUUUCUAGUUGGUCUAGGAAUGUUGAUCUUUCUUCAUUUGAUAAUCCAGAUGCAGAAACAUGGAUGAAACUUAGUGAACAGCCUGGUAGCUAUGAUGAAAAGGAUGAAGCUUAUAUCGAUGAAUUGCUAAAGUCUGUGCAAAUGGUAACAGAUGUAAUGGAAGGUCUUGUUAAAAGGGUUAUAAUGGCAGAAUGUGAAACUGUAACCGAGAAAGAGAAGGUAACCAUAGGUCAUGAAGAAAUUAUGAAGAAGACAGUCCAAAUUGAGAGUAUGUCUUCAAAAUUAGAAGAGAUGGAGCAAUUUGCUUUGGGUACAAAUGGUAUUUUACAUGAGAUGAGGCAGAGAGUAGAAGAUUUGGUUGAAGAAACAUCUAGGCAGAAGCAAAGAGCUUUAGAAAAUGAACAGGAGCUUUCCCGAGUUAAAAGGGAUUUUGAGUCGCUGAAAUCUUAUGUUGGCAGUCUAAUUAGUGUCCGAGAAACACUUCUUUCAUCAGAGAAGCAGUUUCAAACUAUUGAGAGGCUUUUUGAGCGGCUAGUUGCGAAAACAACUCAAUUGGAAGGCGAGAAAAUGCAGAAAGAAGGUGAAGUACAGAAACUUAUGGAAGAGAAUGUGAGGUUGACUGCUCUUCUUGACAAGAAAGAGGCCCAACUUCUGGCCAUGAAUGAACAGUGCAAGGUAAUGGCUCUCAGUGCUUCAAAUAUAUGAACUGCUGCUGUUAUCUUGUUCUACCUUCUGGAAGUUUGUUGCAUUCAGUCUGAAUUGCCAAAACACCAUAGAAGAAUCUUAAAUUGCAUAAUGCUGAAUAGCGGAAGGUCUCAGAUUCUGAUCGGAACUUGUAACAUUGUGAAGAGCUUGGCGAACUUGUUUACUAUUACCAUUCUGGUGCUGUUGGAAAAUCCAGUCCAGAAAGCAUCAAUCAAACAGUUGUGCUGUGUGAUUGCCGAUUUGUGUUGUUAAUCAAUUUUCCAUUUGAGGUGUGCAUUUUUGCUGUAAUUGUACGGGAUCCAUCGGCUUUAUAUAAAAUCGUAUGGCUUUUCCUUGUA